AUGAUUCAAAUUUCAUCUCCAAGGAAUGAAUAAGUUUCAUUGUACUUAUUUAUAAUAAAAAAGAAAAUCAAUCUCAGAAAAAUCUAAAAAAUACAGAUUAAACUAUCCAUUUUAACCAAAUGACAAUAACUCUGGUUUUGAAGUUAAUUCUUUAUCUUUUGAUUAAAUUGAAUUGGAAUCUCGUAAACCCUCUCGUAAUACUUUAAGGUAAUAACAACUUUAACAUAAAUAAUUCAGUUGUAAACCCAUCCAUAUGCUCAAAAAUAGUUAUAAAACUGAUACUGGAAGUGAAUAAUUAAAGAAAGAGUUAGCAUAAGACUAAAUUUAGAAAUUAAAUAACUAAUACUUCUAAUAAGAUAAUAAAAUUUCUCCUUUAGUGUAAAAAUUGCUGAAUAAAAAUUUAUCUGAAAUGUAAUUUACAGAAAAUCAUGAUAAAAGGAAAACAAUUCAACUAAACGAAAAUUAACUCUAUAAAUUAAUAUUAGUAUUAAUCCUAUUUCUAAUUGGUAUUUUGAGUCCUGCUUAUAUGGUCCUUUAAUUUUCUUCAUUUACAACAUAUGGAUCAUUGUGUUAAAUAACUCUCCUAGUAACUUCAAUUUUAUUAAAUUUAUUUCUAAGGCAAUAAUCAACGAGAAAAAAAUAUACUAAAGAUAUUUUAUAAUUAUUAAGUAAAGAUUUGAGCCAUGAGAUUAUUAUUUUACUUUUAUCAAUUAUCUUAUUUGUAAUUUAGAUGUUACAAGUGAAAAAAUUAUAAGUGAUAAAUAUCAUUUAAACUAUUGCAUGUAUUAUAAGUUUAGUUAAAAAUUUGAUAAUUUAAAAUCAUGCUACACAGGUUGGAUUAAAGAUUUUCUUAUCAAAUUUUUUAUUUUUGCAUCUUUUAAAAUGUUAUUAACUUAAUAUAAUCUUUUUAUAAAAAUUGGAUUUUUUGACCUUUUGUCAGAAUUAUGUAUUAAUAAUGGUUUAAAAUCAUAGAUUAUAAGAGAAUGAAGAUAAUAUUAAUUUAGCUUUGUUAGAGAUUGUCUAGAUUAUCUUUUAUUAUAUUUUCUUGUUUUAGAUAUUUAUUUAUCUCUUAAAUUUAUGGAAUAACCAUUUCAACCUGGAUUAUCUUUUGGUUAAACAGUAAAAAACAUUUGAGAAGUUGUUGGGAGAUUUAUCAACUGACAUGGAGAAGUCGAAUUCAAUCUUGAAACAAACAAAGAAUCUUUAAAGUGAAAGUCUCAAGUAUUUAUCUAUAUUUGAGCAAAUAACAUAAAAUUAAUACUUUCACAUGGAAUUAAGAAAACUUUUAUUGUCAAAAUCUAAAUUGUUUGAAUAAUUUUCCCAAUCAUCAUAAGAGUAAUUGAUUAAAUCUAUGGAAUUGCAUUUAAUCUAUCCAUAAUAAAUAAUUUCUUGUGAUUAAUUAAAUGAAGAAUUAUCCAUUAACUUUCUAAUACAUGGGACUCUCAAUCUUGGAAUUUAAAAUAAUUAAUUUUUUAAUUUUGAAAAAAUUGAUGAAUUAUAAUAAGGCUAACAUUUUGGAUAAUUAAGCUUUUUUACAGGUUAAAAGGACUGUCUUUCCUUCUAAAGCAAUCAUUAUUCUCUUUUAUUUAAAUUAAAAAGAUAAAGCUUAAUUUAUUGUAUUGAAAAAAAUACUAUUGAUAAUGAGAAACUAUCAAUAAUUAAUUAAGCUAUAAAUAAAUAGAAUUAUUCAAUAUUGUAAUUGAAAUGUCAAUGUUGUAAUUCAAGUUAUCAUAUACUUGGUGAUUGCCCAUAGGUACAUAUGUUUCUAAAUAAAGAUGAAAUUAUUUCUCAAUUUCUAUCUCCUUAAAUUCAAGAAAGAAAAAAAUGUAAAAACUUCAUUUUUAUUUAGAUUUAAGAUUAUAAAAUAAUAAAAAAAAAAAUAUAAUAAGAUUAAAACAGCUGAAAAGUUUUUCGUUUAAAUCUGAUGCUUCAAAGAAUAUGUAAAAAAAGUAGAACAAUAACUAAAAUGUAGAAAGAAAGAGUUCAGCUUUUAAUUUUGAAAAUAAUAGUAAUUUGUUUAAUUUUAUCUCUUUUUAGGUGAAAUUCCAAAAGAAUUUAAAAGUGAAAAAAUUUUAGAUUAGCAAAUAGUAUCGUAUUAAAUAAAUUCGAUAAAUAGCGUUUAAGAAUUAUAUAAUGAUACCUAAAAGAAAAGCAAAUAAUGUAUAAUUAAUGAAUAAAGUAAUGAAUAAAAUGAGUAUACGGAUAUGAAUAAAGGCGCAAUAAAUUUAGAUUGUUAAGAUUAUUUAAUUAAUCCUUAUUAAUAAUAUAUAAUAACUGAAAGUAANUUGAGCAAAUAACAUAAAAUUAAUACUUUCACAUGGAAUUAAGAAAACUUUUAUUGUCAAAAUCUAAAUUGUUUGAAUAAUUUUCCCAAUCAUCAUAAGAGUAAUUGA